AUGGCUGAGUUGACUAAUGGCAAGAUCAUAGUGAAGUCAGCCAAGCCACAAACAAUGACUUAUCCUUCCACGCCGGCGAUCAUCUGCGCAGACUCCACCUCCGACCGGAGUGGGGAGGGGCGGAGACCUCGCGAGACCGGAUCCGGCGCCAGCGCCCACGGAGCAGCGCCCGCCCCUCCGAGCGCGGCCCCGGCGUCUCCGGCCGCAGGAGCCCCGCCCCCAGCGCCGGCCCCGCCCACUCCAGCCUCCAGGAGCCGCGCAUGCGCCGCCUCCGGGGCUCGUGUUCGGGCGUCUCGGGUCGAUUGCUGCGGUGUUUCUGGUUUCCUCCUGAGGGCGAGAGCUCUGGCAAAGGAGCUGAUCGUGGUGCGCUCGUCAGGGGGUGAAGAUGGAGACCCCACGUCUGAGUCGGGCGGGAAGGAAAGAGAUUGUGUCGAGAGAAGUAAAAGCGGACAAGCUGAAGGAAGAACUCACCGCCUAUCGCUCCGAGAGUCCGCAGUGCUUCUAAAGAUGGGGUGUCGGCUCCCAGGACCCCCUUUUAAAUUAAAAAUAUUAAAGGAACAGGGAACAUGAGGAUGGUCAGAAGCCGCCCACUCAGCGUGCUCUGGUUUCUGGCCAGCCUGCCGGCAGCUCGAGGCUUCCCUCUGGUGGGCAAGUUUGGGAACGCACUGAAAAUUCAUCAUCCCGUGUUUUCUUCCCUCCUUGUUCCAGGUGAGUACUUCCCUUUGGGUUUCUGUACUUUGCCCUCUUGAAGCCCAGCACCUUAACGUUUUUGUAUCACCCCUGUUUCACCUCCAGUCUAGAAGAAUCAGCCUACUGUCCCUAAGAAGGGUCCCUGAAGCUG